ACACCACUGAUGCAAUGGACAUGCAACAGCUUCCCUACCGAACAACAAAGUGUGUUAUGAAUCAAGUCGUCCCUCUACAGCACAAUACGAUGCCUUGUGGUAAAGUACAGUGUCUUGCUUGUUAAAAAUAAAGUCUCCCAGCUGCAGGUUAUGGACAUUACCGAGCGGCUGCAUCACGCUGGGCUCUAAAGGACGCGACUCCGCCUCGUGUCUAGCCUCGACAAGCGGAACGCGUUACAGUAAUGUGAUUACUCCAUUUUGAGAAACGCAAGUGGAACCAAAACAAAUGCAUUAUUUCCUAUUUUAAACCUUUAUUUAAUUAUUGGCACUACAUCUGUUUUAGUCCCUUUUCUCUAAAAUGUGUUUUUAAUAAACUAUAAAAGUGUAAUGGUUAAUAAUGGUAAUAGUUCGCUUUUAUCGCUAUAUUAUUGGUUUAGAACACACCGGUGAUAGAAAUUAAACUUUUAAAACAAGAAGCAAGUAUCUCACUACUUUUAUUUCAUCUGUUCCAGCAGGAGGGAGCGAGUGGGACGUCCUUCGGUGGUCCAGGGAGGCAGGGAGGGAGGKGCGGAGGGAUCUCUGCAUCCCGAGCAACAACACUUUCCUCCCUGUGACGCAGUUGGUUGCUAGGUGUGAAUGAACCGAUGCUUUGUCUCAAACUCCUCCUCAGUUUACAGGUCGACCACAACAAAGCAGCAUCCCGUCCUGUUUGCAUCGUCCCGGCUGAUCGGAGCUGGAUUAUGGCUCUGUGAUUCUGUCGAGUUGUUGGACCCCUUAAAAAAGCCGUGCUUUGCUUCUGCAACGCACCCCCAAGUGCUCUACAGUUUUCUGCAAGAAUGGAGUUUCAUUAUGCUCACCCUGCCCUGCUCUCUGUGGCCCAUCUGUCAGACCCCGCUCGCUCCCAGCACAUGCUCGGACUUGGACUGAAUCAAAGCACCAGCAGACAAAACGAUGGCAACGUCGGCUCAUGUUUGGAAGACUCUUCGUGUCUGCCCGGCAGACCCCCUCGCUCUCUCUCACCCACAGGCUAGCCACAGCCAAUCACAGGGGUGCAGGGGGGAGGUGUCAGAGGAGAACCAGCACUUAAUUGGUGAUGGUCUCACUGACUGGAUGACGGAAGAAGUGGAUUUCUCCUCGUACCUCCCAAACCCUCCUUCCCCUCCCUCCUCCACCAAUGCCUCCCUUCCCCCUUCGCCCCUCCAGAAUGAUAUCCAGGUGCCCUCUGACUUGGAGGUCAUGACCUCACUGCUGCAAGAGGAACUCGCCCAACUAGAGGACUACUUCCUGUCUGAACCGCUGCCAGAGAAAGGGCAGAGGUUGGGAAAAUGCGACAGGGGUCCACUGCCGGCGGGUCCUCAGCCGUUCACUCAACUGCCGUACGCAUCGUAUUCCACGUCCAACCAAUCGGAGUCCAAUCCCCUUCUUGUUACCCUGGCAACCGGAGAGCUGGACCUGCUGAGUAUCUGUGGUGGGCCGAUUGGGAGAUCCAAAAUUCCCAGACACGCCCCGUACAGCUGCAGUCGCCCCAGCGGUAGGAAAAGAGUUGUUGACGGAGUUCGGUUCAGCGAAGGCUAUGACAACAGUUUGUUGAGUUCCAAAGGAAGUAACUCAGGUAACUCUGCCCUCACAGGUAGUUAUGGUUGUGUGGAGGAUAACCAGCUGGUAGGGAAAAGUUACUGUCUGGGUAGUGCAAUCGAGGUUCGACGAUGUGCCAGUUUAUCCAAAGAGGAGAAAAAUUGCUGUUUUACCCAAGAUGUGAUAAACGGCACAAAGGUUGUCGGUGGCGGUUUCGGCUUCGGUGGUCCGCUCGACGCCCCGCAUAAGAAAGAAGAUGUUUUGAUGUUUAACAUGAGGGAGGUCGGCGGAGGCGCCAGCAACAACGAGGUGCUGAGCAGCGUCAAAGCUAGCGUGGAGGUGACGAAAGCCACGGUUUCGUGGAAAGCCGACAGCGGCGAGGGUUGUUACCUUCCAGCGGCGCCCCAGUCUGAGGCCUAUCACAGCUUCUUAGGGAACAUCAACGAACAGGUGAAGGCGGAGGGUCUCCAAAUCCUUCAACCUGAUUUGCACUUUAAUUAUCUUGAGCAUCAGGCCCCAGAAUGUUUCUUGAUGGCUAGAGAGAGCUUGAACCUGGACUCUCCAGGGCACAGACAGGCAUGCAGGCUGAAAGAAGACCACUGUGCUGUGAAAUACGAAGUGGACAUCGUGCCACAUGAAGGCGGGGAGCGAAAGCAAAAGAAACGAGACCAGAACAAAACAGCCGCUCACAGGUAUCGCCAACGAAAAAGGGCGGAGCUAGAUUCUUUGGAGGAGCAACUGCACUGCCUCGAGGGAAGAAACCGUGAGCUACGCGACAAGGCGGAGUCCGUGGAACGUGAAAUCCAGUACGUUAAAGACCUGCUGAUCGAAGUUUACAAGGCGCGUAGCCAAAGGCUCAAGCAGGACACAACGGCGUAACGUCGCGCUCCAGCAAAAGUUUUGAAAAUCGAGCAUCGCGGGAAAAAAAAAAGUUGUAGUUUUGCGCUUUUAAAUUUGUUUUAAAUUCAGUGUUUUGUUUAUUUUUGUUCUGGUAAGAGGGCAACUGCAUGCUUUACUAAUGUGAAUAUUCUUUUCUACACUUUUAAAUCGACCCUUUCCAAUGCUUCCAUUGUUUUUUUUUUUCAAUCUGAGAUCACUUGAGCCUUCACUGUGGCAUUGCAACGCUUUAACUGACAAUCAUUUUUAGCAGAUCUUCCUUCUUUUGAAUGUAUUUUAUUUAUUUAUUUAUUGGGAAAGUUGUAUAAUUUUAAAAAGCAGGUUGUAUAUUUUAAUAGCCUUACACUAAAACUGAUGUCAGCAAUAGAACAUUUGAUUUUUUUUCUAUUUCUAUUUUAUUUUUAAAUCACUGUUUGCCCUAGGUUGGAUUGUAAAAUAUAUUU